CGAUUUCGGGGCGCAGGGAAAGGGGUGGUGCUCGGAAGGAGGCCCCGGGAGCAGGCACGGGAGCAGGCACGGGAGCAGGAGCAAGAGCAGGAGCAGGAGCGGGAGCAGGCCGGGCCCAAGGAGGAGCCCGAGGCCCCGGAGACGGAGCCGGCCGGUCCUGCGUCGCCCGCGGCUCCUCCCCGCCGUCCCGGGCCGGGGCGCGGGGGACUGGCUGUCCGCGCCCGGCCGGACCCCGGCGGCCGCCUCCCCUCCGCUCACCAUGCCCGGCAGAUUUUAGCCGCCCCAUGGAGCAAGCCAACUUCUACGAGGUCGAGUCCCGGCCCCCGAUGAGCAGCCACCUCCCCGGCCACCUCCAGAGCCCCCCGCACCAGCCCAGCAGCGUCGCCUUCGGCUACCCCCGGGAGGCCGCGGUCCCGCCCCAGCCCCCGGCGACACCUGCCGCCGCCGCCGCCGCCGCCGCCGCCGAGCAGCUGGGCGACAUCUGCGAGAACGAGAACUCCAUCGACAUCAGCGCCUACAUCGACCCGGCCGCCUUCAACGACGAGUUCCUGGCCGACCUGUUCCAGCACAGCAAGCAGCAGGAGAAGGCCAAGGCCAUCCUGGCCGGGGGCGACUUCGACUACCCGGCCCACGCGCACCUGGCCGGCCACGCCAUGCACGGCCCGCACGGGCCGCACGGACCGCACGGCCCGGGGGGCCACCCGCAGAUCUACGGCUGCCUGGCCGCGGGCUACCUGGACGGCAAGCUCGACCCCCUGUACGAGCGCAUCCCGGCGCCCGGGCUGCGCCCCUUGGUCAUCAAGCAGGAGCCCCGGGAAGAGGACGAGGCCAAGCAGGCGGCCCUGUCCGCCCUCUACCCCUACCCGCCGCCCCCGCCGCCGCCCCCGCACCACCCGCACCACCCGCACCACCCGCACCCCCACCCGGCCUCGCACCUCCAGUACCAGAUCGCCCACUGCGCCCAGACCACCAUGCACCUGCAGCCCGGGCACCCCACGCCCCCGCCCACCCCCGUGCCCAGCCCUCACCACCAUCCCCACCACCCCCAGCACCAGAACAGUCUGCCCCCCGGAGGGGGACUCAAGAUGAUGCCCACGGACCACCGGGGCAAGUCGAAAAAGUCCGUGGAUAAGAGCAGCAGCGAGUACCGCGUGCGCCGCGAGCGCAACAACAUCGCGGUGCGCAAGAGCCGGGACAAGGCCAAGCAGCGCAAUGUGGAGACCCAGCAAAAGGUGCUGGAGCUCACCAAUGACAAUGACCGGCUGCGAAAGCGGGUGGAACAGCUCACCCGGGAGCUGGACACGCUGCGGGGCAUCUUCCGCCAGCUGCCCGAGAGCUCCCUGGUCAAAGCCAUGGGCAACUGCGCGUGAAGCACCUUCUCCCUCCCUCCUCUCGACGCCCCCUGCCCCGCACCGCCGUCUGGCCUUCUCCUCCCCCGCAGCGCUCGCUCGGGGAACCGUGCGGAGGCGCUUUGGAACCGGGAAGGGGGAGAGGGAGGCGUGGAAAGAGAGGGUUUGCUUCUAUCUUUCUUUUUUUCUCUUUUUUUGUCUGGGUCAUCAUUUUGUAUCAGACUGAUUCCGGGACAGCCCGAGACGGAACAAGGACCGUCUGGUGCCCUAUCCGACCACCUGCUGGGUUUGGUGCCGCCCCCCUUCCUCCCCCCCCAACCUUUUUCCUCCCCCCCCAACCUUUCUC